AUGCCGUUUUCACGAGCCCCUGUCCCACUGGCAAUACCUAAUGCGAGAUUCGACCUUGCUCCACCUCCACUUCCUCCUCCGAGAAAUACCGAUAUCACUGCUGGCAGUGAUCCAGGAUGGGCUUGGGGAAACGAUCCUAAGGGGGGGAAUUUUGGAAAGGCGAGAGAGUCUCUCAGGCCAAUCUCGAAUUUUCCAAAGAGUUGGGGUAAAAAUAUGGAGGAAGAUAGGCCAUUGGACCCGCCAGAAUUUAGGCGACGAGAAAGCUCGACUUCAACCGUCAGGUCGCCGGCAGAAACGAGCAGGGGAUUCGAUUUUGCAAGACAUCAGGAUGAAGGAUACUAUAGUAUCUCGGGACCGAGACCCAGUGCCAUGAGCCAGCAAUUGCAUGGGGAAAGACAACUACAACAAAAGAACUUUGAAAACUCAUCCCAAGCGUAUGACAACAAAUUGCUAUCCAAGAUUGGCAAGCCCAAGACACCGCCUCGUAACGCAUCACUGGGCAGUAUUGAAAGUUCACCAACUUCGAAUCUUUCAUUCCAUCAUCAACAACAACAACAACAAAGUGGAAGGCAUCCAAAUCAGCUUCGAUCUUUGUCCUUUCCACACUCUUCAUACUCGAACAGUGCAUACUCGGAUCCUCCGAUCAAGAAAGAACCUUCGAGUGGAUACGGCGAUAGUCCUCGAUCAAGACCCGUCUCUCCAGGUCUGACUUUGUCCACCACCAGCGCACAUAGCUUCAUGGACUGGCGAAGCCCGCCAUCGUCGGCGCACGACUCUGAUCAGCAGCCAUACUACCGACAGCGAUUUCCUUCUUCGACCAAUGUACUGCGACAGCAAAAGUCUCGCCGUUCAACGAGUGGCUCGCUGCUCUCAAGUUACGAUGAGUCAGCAGGAAACUCUAUGAAUCAUACCGCUAGUACCGUUAGCGAACGUCCUAGCCCGUUAAAACGUGAAAGCUAUGACCAGCCUAAUUUUUUCGAACCAGACUCGGCAGAUCCUACUUUUCCCAUGGAAGAUUCAGUUCGCAAACUCCGCCUUGAAGACCGUCCACCACUUAUUAGUAGCAAUCCUGACUCUCUAUCAUACUACUACAAACAUUCAAAUCCAUCACUCCAUACGUCGCGUUCACGUCCAGGCAUGAAGCGCAAGCCUUCCCAGUCCCCGCCUCCGGACCCUGCGCAUGAGGCUAAUGCUUCAUUCGCUGCCGUGGGGGGAAAUAACACGGACCUUCAUCAGCGCAACACCUCAACACCACAACAUCCCAGCCAUCGGGUGUCUCCGCUAGGACGGCAAUUUGCACAAAAUCAAGGUUCCUUCUCAUCACAAUCGUCAGCGGGUCCUCGCAACAACUCAUACGCGUCCUCUGCAGGAUUAUCGGUCGCGAGCAGUAUCACAACCCUCGACCAACACUCACCUGGCAUUUCACCUUCCUCCGAUCAGCAACAGCAACAGCAACAGCAACAGCUCCUCUACCAACAACACAGCGGUCAAGAUUCACCCUACGUUACCUCGCUUCCAAUGAAUCAAGCUCCUCGAAACACUCGCGACACUCGGACCCAGCAACAGUAUCCACAAGCUCCUCUCGAAACUCAUCCGACUCCGCCUGUCGACCAGAAACCACAGAAUCCUCAAAAUCAACGAAAGAACAACGCGCCGCCCAACAUGCAGCCGCCGUCUUUCAUAUGUGGAUGCUGUCCUAAGAAGCCGAAAAAGUUCGACACACUGGAAGAAUUGAGGGUACACGAAUCUGAAAAGCAGUACUCAUGCAUGUACUGCCCCAAUCGGUUCAAGAAUAAAAACGAAGCCGAGCGUCACCAGAAUUCUCUUCACCUCCGGAAACACUCCUGGUCUUGUGCCACCCUCAACAACAGUUUCGAUAGCGCAUUCUACCCUUCCACUAAUAUACCACCCGCCGACAACAGUUCUUCCCCGUCUCAGCCUCCACCCCCACCCACCUCUCUCACAGCAUUCGAUACUUGCGGCUACUGUGGGCAACAGUUUCCCAAUGAGCCAGCACCUGAUUGGGAAGCACGUGGUGCGCAUCUCAAUGGUGUACAUAAGUUCGGCGAAUGCAACCAAUCCAAGAAAUUCUUUCGUGCCGACCAUUUCCGCCAGCAUCUGAAGCAUAGUCAUGCUGGCACAAGUGGAAAAUGGACGAAUAUGCUGGAGACGGCUUGCAUGAGGGAUGAGCCCCCCCCUACCCCCCAGGAUAACAACGCACCGCAGUCGCAGGGAGCUCCUGUCGCAAAUAUGGGUAUGGGCCCGACCAACAUGGGCCCAGGAAAUAUGGGCCAAGGAAACAUGGGCCAGGAUAUGGGUCAGAACAUGGGCCAAGCAAACAUGGGACAGGGACCAAUGGGUCAAGCCAAUAUGGGGCAAGUAAACAUGGGACAAGAUGGCAUGGGACAGGGUGAGAUGGGCCAAGGCGGCAUGGGCCAGAAUAUGGUCCAGCCAAAAUAUGAACCGCUCGACAUGAGCAACAUAGACCCGAACAUCGGCAUGCAACAAAUGGGCAACAUGGGCCCGAUGCCAAACAUGGGGACCAUGGGAGCAGCUCCUGCGCGUGGGAUGGGCAUGCAAGGCGGCCAGAUGCGCAGUGAGCGGAUCGAUGAGAUGCCUCAGGAGAUGUAG